AUGCACAUGCACAGAAGGAAAGGGCAUCAGAGAAGUUUUACACUCUAAAACUGCUUUCUAAGCUCAAACUCACACGAUGCCAAACCCGAUUUCUUUCCUGGCACUUCUUUCAUACAUUUCUCUUCUUUAGGAUGAAAAAAAAAAAAAAUUAAAUCAUUAAAGAUUUGGGCAAGCAGUGGGUCCUCAUUACAGCACUUGUUCCCUUCUCUGUUCCAGGGAUGACCUGCCAAGCCCGGAGCUCGUACAUCACGAGCGAGAUCCUCUGGGGUUAUCGCUUCACCCCCGUCCUCACGCUGGAGGACGGCUUUUAUGAGGUCGACUACAACAGCUUUCACGAAACCUACGAGACCAACACCCCAGUUUACAGUGCCAAAGAGCUGGCAGAGAUGGCCAGCCGAGCAGAACUGCCCCUCACGUGGUCUGUUUCCAGCAAGCUGGACCAGCACGCCGAGCUGGAGGCAGAGGAGGAGGAGAAGAAUCAGGAAGACCAAAACGAAAGAAACGGCGACGUGGCCAACUUGGAGAACGAGUCCAAAGUGUAGGGGCAACAGAGGCACAAAAGGCCACUCCACCCUCUUGUUCUUCUCCCUCUUGGCUCCCAGUUUCUUCCUGCCUUUAAUUCUCAGUUUUCCUUCCGAUGAUUCUCAGUUCCUGGAAAAUAAAUACUCAAGAUGCGAAAUCAUCUACCUGCCCAGUUCCAGCUCCGGAGAUGCACAGACUCCAGGGCGUGGGGUAAAGCUGCAGUACCCGCUGGGAAUGCUGGAAUCUCCAUCCCCACCCUGGCAGUGACUGCUGGGUCAAGACCUCCAGGUUUAUUCACCACGAAAAGAGAAAAAAAAGCCACCCAAAUGCAGCAGAAACAUAAACAAGGGAUGGAAAAGGAAAGACUGAUUCGUCCAAGAGGACCUUGACUCUGGUUUUUAUGUAUUUCAGGACGCUUUCACAGGCUGGGGGGACAGACAAACCUCUGUGAAAUGGGCCCCGCAGCUUUAAGGGGGAAGGUGAGCAGAGGGCCCUGCAAUCCAACAAAACCACUGUACAUACGCCUUAUGUAACUACUUUCUCUUUACAUUUAGUAAUAAACGCCGCAUGUACAAAAGUACUGUAGUAAAGAACUUCUAAAUAAUGUACACACAGACGUUGUAAUCAAACGUAGGCUUAGAAACCAGGCUCCUAGGAAACACCGGGAUGCAAA